AGAACGAGAGAGAGAGAUAGCAAGAGAAAAAGUGACAGUGAAGAUAAUGUUGUUGAAAUUCAGAGAGACAGAUGAUGGCAACAUUGGGAUAUAAUAGACUGCCCGCCCCUUCUGCAAUGUCUCUCCAUUUGUGAAUCCACCACCCCUUUAAGGAAAUGAGCACAUCCUGUUGUUUUAAUAGAGUCUUCCUGUUGAAGAGUUCAUACAUGUGAUAUUUGGAAGCUGAGGUGGACAGGCAGAUAGAACUACCACUGCAUUAAAACAUAAUGGCGCACAUAUCUACUUCGAAACCAGCAGGGACUCUUCUGUUUUGGGUCUCCCUGUGUCUAAUGGUCUCAACUACGCUGACCCUGGUACCAAACGAACAGAAAGAAACCAGACGAACUACAUUAACCGUGCCGACAGAAGUACAAACCACUGCAUACACCAGAGCAGGUAUCGGCUAUGGAGAUGGAGGAACAUUUGGCUGUGGUAACAAGAGCAUCUGUGACACAUACUGUUCAUUUUGUAUGAACUAUUCCUUGAUAAGUCAAGAAUGCUACGGACUGCUGGUGCAGUUGUGUCAGUAUAAUUUUGUUGCUGCUAUGGACUCCAUGAACAGUACUGACUGGUGUUCACUGGAAAAAGUAAAAAGUGCAUACAACAACUUCACUGUGUGUACUGAGACUGUUGCCGAAUGUCUGCUGCUUCCCUGGCCGAAUCAGUUGGUUGAACAGAUGUUUGUGAACAUCCACUCCACCUAUUUUCACGAUUGCCCCACAGAGGCACUGCGAGACCCCCCUCCCAGCAUCAUCCUUGCCCUUGUGAUGACCCCCAUAUGCCUAAUCCCCGUUAUGGUGGUCCUAGUUGUUCUCAAGACUAAGAAUGGAGACAGGAGGUCAUAGGCGUCCAGGUGCAAGAAGAUGUUACUUAGUCAUUCUUCUCCUCUAUUUUUUCUUCAUCCAGUAUCCCACCCAGGGAUAAUGUCCUGGCUCAACGCUCCACAGUCAUUGCGCACCUGGGCGUCUCCAGGACUGACUAAACCAGGAUGGAGGAUGUGCAUUUGUUCUGGGGGUGACCUCUGACUGGAAAAUGUUACUGUAAUUUAGUGGAACAUUUGUUGUCUAGAAAUGCAAAUUUAUCAUGAACAUACAGCUACUGCGCAUGACAGAUAUUUCACAACCAGCAUUAUUAUCUCCAAAGUGCACAUAUAGGCAUCGUUGUCUUCUGGAUUUAAAUUCAUAAUCCAAUGAAAUGUGAAAUGUAAAGAGAUUCGUUUGAAGUAUUCACACAAAUUGUGUACAUGACCAGAUGCAGAACCACAAACUCAUUUGAGUGUCCAUUUUAUGCACUGUAAGAAAUCUUUAACCCGUGUUUUAAUGUAGGUUUUGAUGUUAGUUAGGUGACAAGAGCUGUUUAGCUGACUCUGGGAAUAAUGUCUUCGUGAUUUCAUUUCUAUUUUGACACAAGUCAUAACGUUUGACUUUUUAAAUUUAUUAUGAAAGCUAUUGGGGAAUUAAGCAUAAACAAAUCAAUCUGAAUGCAUGACAAAACAAAGCCGGAUGAAAGCCACCAAUUUCAAUAGGCAGCUUAUUAAAUAUCUGUUUAUUUAUCUAAGUUAAUGACAUGCGGGUGUCUCUGAAAAGUAAACGUUUAAGAGGAAAGGGGAUGAGAUUGCAAUGUCCACUUACAUUGUCCAUUUUUAAUUUUACUCUGCCCCUCACAAAGAACUGCAGCGUACUAUGAUUACAAUAUAAUUACUGUAUCAAUGUAGUCACAUGAACGAGACUGGCAUUACUUUGUGUUUUAUAAUAACAUCAGUAAGCGUUUAUGAAGGAUGAAUCUUACACAUGUCUGAAUAUAGUAUCAUCUAUGCCUGCAGAUCGUUUUCUCUUUUUUUAUAGACCAACCAUUUUAAGAGCCUGUGAACUAUUUUAUAAUUUUAUACUUCACCUCCUACUUUGAUUGGACAUGUGUUUUUAAUAUAAUUAAACCACACCUUUUACCUAGA